AUGAAGAACGAAGUGGGCGUCCCAUCUUUGGUUACAGAAGAACUGGUUCACACGAUUGAUGACAAGAUCCAUGAAAACCGAAGGUUUACAAUUAGUGCUCUCGCUAUGGAAUUUCCCCAAAUUUCACGAUCACUAAUGCAUGAAAUUGUUACCGAAAAACUGAAAUUUCGUAAACUUUGCUCACGUUGGGUACGAAAGAUUCUUACUGAGCAACACAAAACAAAACGGAUGGGUAGUGCACUUCAGUUUUUGACCCGUUAUGCUGAAAGCGGGGAAGAAUUUCUGACACAGAUAGUCACAGGAGAUGAAACUUGGGUUUCUUACAACACCCCUGAAAGUAAGCGGCAAUCAAUGGAAUGGAGGCACACUUCAUCCCCAGCAAAGGUUAAGCCGAAGCAAAUCUUGACACCUCGAAAAAUGAUGUGCCCGGUGCUCUGGGACUGGAAAGGCAUCUUAUUCAUUGAUUUCUUACCGCAUGGUCAAACAAUCAGAGCAGAUGCUUAUUGCGAGACACUUCGGAAAUUGCGCCGCGCAAUACAGAAUAAGCGCAGAGGAUUGCUGUCAAAAGGUGUUGUUUUUCUUCACGACACACACGACCACACACUGCAAAUGUGA